AACGAGUAAUGGCGGCCAGUUGGUGUGUGUGACUGAGCAGAGGAGGAGGAGCUCCGCUCGCCUUCGGGGCCCUUGUUCCUCGCCCGGCGCCACCGUCGCCGCCGCUCCCCACAGCGGAGGCGGCCGAGACAGCGACAGCGCCUCCUCCCUGCUUCCUUCCCUCUGCGGGCUGGUUGAGCGGGGCCAUGGUGAACACCCGAAAGAGCUCCCAGCAGCGGCUCCCCGGGAAAGCGGCGGCGGCGGCGCUGCCGGGGCCCGGCAGCCAUUUCAUCUCGUCCAGGACCCGCUUGUCUAGGACCAGCGCCAAAGCGGCGGCGGCAGCGGCGGCAGCGGCGGCCGGUCAGGAUGAAGACUCGGCCCGGAGAGAUGAAGGUAGUGACGGAAGCUUGAGUGAUAGCCACAUAUCUCCACCAGCCAAACGUACCCUGAAACAUGCUGAUUCCGUAUGCAAAGACAAAUCAAAAUCUCGCAGUGCUGGGCAGCGAGAAGAAUGGAGCAUCUCAGCUGGACAGUCCCGGUUAACUUCUCAGUCUGGUGCUACCUUACCAAAUGGGCGUAGUUUAUCUCUCAAAAGUUGUUCCCUUCGAGGAGAGAAAAAGGGAGAUGGGGACCACGCUUGUAUAAAUGGAGGCAGAGAAGUCAGAAAAAGUUGUCGAUCUAGGAAAAACAGAUUUGAAAGUUUGAAUCAGAGUUUACUAUUUGACCAGCUAGUAAACAGUACUGCUGAAGCUGUUCUUCAAGAAAUGGACAAUAUUAACAUCAGACGGAACAGGCGGUCUGGAGAAGUGGAACGGUUGCGCAUGUGGACAGAUACAGAAUUUGAAAACAUGGAUAUGUAUUCACGAGUAAAGAGGAGGAGGAAAUCGCUGAGGAGAAAUAGUUAUGGAAUCCAGAACCACCAUGAAGUUUCCACUGAAGGGGAAGAAGAAGAAUCACAAGAAGAAGAUGGAGAUAUUGAAGCAGAGGAGGCAGAGGGAGAAGAAAACGAUCGUCCUUAUAAUCUGAGACAAAGAAAGACGGUGGAACGAUAUCAAGCGCCUCCUAUAGUGCCAGCUCACCAGAAGAAAAGGGAAAAUGCAUUGUUUGACAUUCAUAGAUCUCCUGCAAGAAGAGGUCAUAUAAGGAGAAAGAAGCAUGCCAUUCAUAGCAGUGAUACAACCUCUUCAGAUGAAGAACGCUUUGAAAGAAGAAAAUCUAAGAGCAUGGCAAGAGCAAGGAACAGAUGUCUGCCUAUGAACUUCAGAGCUGAAGACUUGGCCUGUGGAAUCCUUCGUGAGCGAGUGAAAGUUGGUGCAAGUUUGGCUGAUGUAGACCCUAUGAUUCUUGACAAAUCAGUGCGCUUUGACAGCAUAGGUGGAUUGAGCAAUCACAUUCAUGCACUUAAGGAAAUGGUUAUAUUUCCUCUUUUGUAUCCUGAAAUCUUUGAGAAAUUCAAAAUUCAGCCACCAAGGGGCUGUUUGUUUUAUGGUCCUCCUGGAACAGGUAAAACUUUGGUAGCUAGAGCUCUGGCCAAUGAAUGCACCCAGGGAGAGAGAAAGGUUGCUUUCUUCAUGAGGAAAGGAGCAGACUGCCUCAGCAAAUGGGUUGGUGAAUCUGAACGGCAACUUCGACUCCUCUUUGAUCAAGCGUACCUAAUGAGGCCAUCCAUAAUCUUUUUUGAUGAAAUAGAUGGCUUGGCUCCAGUUCGUUCAAGCAGACAAGACCAGAUUCACAGCUCUAUAGUAUCUACCCUGCUUGCCCUCAUGGAUGGGCUGGACAACAGAGGUGAAAUAGUUGUCAUUGGUGCUACAAACAGACUUGAUUCAAUAGAUCCAGCACUCAGGAGACCUGGUCGUUUCGACAGGGAAUUUCUUUUCAGCUUGCCAGAUCAAAAGGCAAGAAAGCACAUUUUACAAAUACAUACCAGGGACUGGAACCCCAAACUGUCAGAUCCAUUUUUAGGAGAGUUAGCUGAAAAAUGUGUCGGGUAUUGUGGAGCUGACAUAAAAGCACUUUGCACUGAGACUGCCUUGAUUGCCCUGCGACGGCGCUACCCUCAGAUCUACGCCAGCAGUCAGAAGCUGCAGCUGGAUGUUUCUUCGAUCGUUCUCAGCGCACAAGAUUUUUACCAUGCCAUGCAGAAUAUUGUGCCUGCCUCUCAACGUGCCGUAAUGUCAUCAGGGCAUGCGCUGUCUCCUAUCAUAAGGCCGUUGUUGGAAAGGACCUUCAGUAACAUUCUGGCGGUUUUGCAUAAAGUGUUUCCCCACGCUGAGUUCAGCCAGGGAGACAAAAGAGAAGAUACUCCAAGCCUAAUUUUGGAUGAUAGCGAAGAUGAAAAUGUGGCAUCAAUAUUUGAAACGAGUUGCCAGUCAGGAUCACCAAAGAAACAAUUAUCAGCUGCUGUACAUAGAUCCUACCUUCAUUUUACGAUGUCAGCUUACCACCAGCCCACCUCUUACAGGCCGAGAUUACUGCUUUCUGGAGAAAGGGAUUCAGGUCAGACUUCACACCUUGCUCCAGCUCUAUUGCACUCUCUUGAAAAAUUUGCUGUACACAGAUUAGAUCUACCAGCACUCUAUUCAGUCAGUGCCAAAACACCUGAGGAAUCCUGUGCGCAGAUCUUUCGUGAAGCAAGAAGAACACUACCAAGUAUUGUUUACAUGCCUCAUAUUGGCGAUUGGUGGGAAGCUGUCAGUGAAACUGUGAGAGCCACGUUUCUAACUUUGCUGCAAGACAUACCAUCAUUCUCACCUAUAUUUCUACUCUCUACCUCUGAAACCAUGUAUAGUGAACUGCCUGAAGAGGUGAAGUGUAUCUUUAAAAUCCAGUAUGAAGAGGUUAUAUAUAUUCAGAGACCUAGUGAAGAAGACAGACGGAAGUUUUUCCAAGAGUUGGUUCUAAAUCAGGCAUCAAUGCCUCCUCCGAGAAGGAGGCAAGCCGCUCUUUCCGACAUCGAGGUGCUCCCUCUUGCACUACCGUCUCCAACCCGCCAGCUGUCAGAGGCAGAAAAGCAGCGAAUGGAAGACCAAGAAGAGAACACAUUGAGAGAACUACGAUUGUUUCUCAGGGAUGUUACCAAGAGGCUGGCCACAGACAAGCGCUUUAACAUCUUCAGCAAACCGGUGGAUAUUGAAGAGGUUUCAGACUAUCUGGAAGUUAUCAAAGAGCCGAUGGACCUGUCUACAGUAAUAAGUAAAAUUGACAAGGAGAACUAUUUAACGACAAAGGAUUUCCUAAUAGACAUUGAUCUCAUCUGCAGCAAUGCAUUGGAAUAUAAUCCUGACAAAGAUCCAGGGGAUAAAAUAAUUAGGCACAGAGCCUGUACUCUGAAGGACACUGCUCAUGCUAUCAUUGCUGCUGAGUUGGAUCCAGAGUUUAAUAAAAUGUGUGAAGAAAUCAAGGAAGCAAGGAAAAAAAGAGGCUUAUCAGUAGCAGCAGAGCAAAUAAAUCCUCACGAUGCUGUACAGAAAACAGAAACUAGAGUGGAAGAGGCUUUUCAGAACAAACAAAAAAACACAAUGUCAGUCUGGCAAAACUCCGCCAAUAAAUGUGCAUUUCGGUUAAGGAGGAAAUCAAGACGCCGUUCACAAUGGGGCAAAGGCAUUAUUAAAAAGAGAAAAGUCAAUAAUCUGAAGAAAGAUGAGGAUGAUGCCAAGUUUGCUGAUGACGAAAAUCAGGGGGAGGACAGCAAGUUGCUAGAGAAUGGGGAGCUUGAGGGGAGUACAGACUGCCUAGACGAGAAUGGAGAGGAAACCGGAGAUCUCUCAAUGACAAACGACGAGUCCUCUUGUGAUAUCAUGGAUAUACAUGCUGAGCAAAGACUCAAUAAUGGGACGGUAGGGAAAGAAAGCAGUAUUCCGUCCACGGAAGAGAGUUCAAAUGAAUCUUUGCUAGUAAGUAGCAAGGUUACUGUGAAUGCAGGAAAGGACUCAAGAAAGGAGUCAUCGUUCAAGAGCGACUGUAUAAACGGUGAGGCCUCCGAGGGCACACCUACUUCAGCAUGUCAGUAUGACAAAUGCGAUUCACUGAACGCUGCUUCUCCUUCCGGCAUCCUCAACACAUCUGCUCCCCUACAAAACGAAACCACUGAUGAUCACCAAAAAGAAAACACAGAAUCUUCCGGUGAGAAUCUGGAAGCCGAACAGAUAAAGCAGUCUGGUACUGAGGCACCGCAAUGCAGCAAUAAUGAAAAGAGAUCACAAGACAUAGAUACUGAUGCUAAAGAUACCGAAUCAGAUAAAGAAGGUACAUUGAAAAACAAAAAACCUCGUAAAGUUCCUUUGGCACAAGUUCCAGAGGAACAGUUGGAUCCAGUACCUCCUGUAGUUGUUGACCAUGACAGAUUAAAGAACUUGCUAGAAUUGCUGGUUCAGAAAAGUGACAACUUGACUGUGGCUCAGCUUGAGAGGUUGUACUCGCUUCUCAAUCAGUGUAUCUACCGGCAUCGUAAGGAUUAUGAUAAGUCACAGCUUGUAGAGGAGAUGGAAACAACUGUUCAUACCUUUGAAACAUUCCUUUGAACUCUGCAAGGGGUGUGAGGGUCUCUCUCUUCAUAAGCUGCUCGCCGGAGAGCAGCCCUCUGAGCCAUUCGAUUUCCAGUUGCACCAAGUAUGUGCAGAGCCAUGGUCUUAGCAUGCUUGCUCUCUCUGUCUCACUUUCUGUUAAUGAAUUUGGUGCUAUUGUCUCAGGUACCUGAAACCAGCCAGCCUACAAGAACCAAACGGAACUUCAUAAUAUUUGUAUCUUGAUAUAAAUAAAGAAUACAAUGCCACAACUUGGAGAUUUUUUUUUUGGUGCUACAGGUACUGCUCUCAUUUCUGCUGUCUACAUGCAUUAUUUUGUGAGAAGCUUCAGGCAAAAUGGAGCAGGCUGAAGAAAAACAAAACAAAAUCAAACCACCACAUGUAAACUGGAUAGAACCGAUCUAAACUGAUUGUUUUGAAGUGGGCAGCUUUCAAAAUUUUACUUUCUGUUCCCCCUCCUUCCCUUUUUUUAUUCUCCGAGGUAAUGGACUGAAACCUGUUUUUACAGCUGGCAGUGAAGAAUUGUGGUAACAAUGAAUUAACUUGGUAUACAAUAAUGUGAAGAUGAGGCUCUCUAGAGCUGCCUUCAAUGUGCCUUUUUAGUCAGAGGAGGAGGAAGAGGAGAAGGCUGUUAAAACGGUUGGGAUUGUAGCCAAUGUGACAGAGUUAGAAAGUUCUUUUCAAAAGCCUGUGUUCCCAAAGAACAGCUUCAGGUCCCCCCCCCCCCACUGUCGAACAGCAGCCAGUAUUAUGUUUUUAACAUGUCUGUGUUGCUCUGCAGAAGAUUAAAUUAUGGACAUAACCGCAGGUUAUCUCAGAAUGAUAAAAAUGCAUAUUUUGUUUCAUGGGUGUAUUUUUUUUAAAAGCAAGUUACCUGGUGAAAAGUUUGCAGUGGACGAUAAAGGUGGCUGUAGUCAUUUUUUAAAAAAAUGUUCCAUCUUUAUUCUUUUAGGGUUUUUUCCCCUUAAACAAACAGAUUUCUUUCUAAACUUUCAUUAUGUUGGAAGUUACAACUAACUGGGUGGUCAUAGGCAGGAAAGAUAGUUUGUUCUGCAAUCCUUUUAAAGUAUGAAUGAGACUAGGUUCAUGUUCAGUUCAGUACAUAUUAAAACAGUAUUAAUGAGAAAAUAACUGAAUGGCCGUUCUUUGGUUGUUGGCUGUUUUUUGGAUCCCUGAACUGGCCUGUGAUGGUUGCAGUUCUCUAGAGCUUAAAGACAUGGUGAUAGUUCUUAAACUCAGUUCUUUUUGGGGAAAGGAAGAGGAGGUGGCACACUCUAGGCAGCAGGAAGUCUGUGGCAGGCCCAGCCAUUGGACAGUCUCCCAGGCAGGUUUCUCUCGGAUCACCCCAUGGAAGGAGGAGGUGGAGAGGUGAGCACCUGGCUUUAGACGUUGCAAUAGGGAGAAUUCAUUGACAAUGUUACCUGAAACUGCAGGAGUGUCUUUCCAAAAUAUGCAACUCAGUAAGCUUUGUUGUAAAUCAAGCAAAAACCGUCUUGGACUACCGCAGAGACUCUCAGCUACCUCAGCUUUUUGUAUUUUUGUUACCAACAGUGUUUACAGAAAGCUGUAAUUGCUCUGCUGCUGUUCACAUACUGAAGCUAAGGUACAUGUCACCCAGGUGCGUUGCUCAUUCGCAGUAUGCCACUGAUGAAAAUCAGAUGCUGGCCCCGGGUUGCUGCAGUAAUCCAAAGUGCUUUCUUCUUUUCGUUCGAGAUUUUGACAUCCAAGUUUCCUGAUUCUAGCCAAGCCUGCCCCGGCCCACCCGCUCCCAAAUGCCACUUGUUUAAUUCUUGGUAUGCUUUUAGUCACCCUGUUCGAAACACACCUCCUGUAGAAAUGCUGUAUUUUUAAGUGGGAAAGUGCGAUUAAAACAAAAACAUUUUAAAACUAGUACUUUGCUCCUUUUUAGAAAAUUGAUUGUGGAGGAUUUUUUCCCAUUUUUUCCGUUAGUAUUCAUUUCCAUCAACACCGUUUAGAAUGUUUUGCUGUCAGAUCCAUUAACAUUUUGUAUUUUGAUGGAAAUUGUUACAAAACUCUUUAAGAUUUGAUGAAAUAAAAAUGUAGCAGAUUUUUUGUAGCAAGUUUCUGGUAAAACGAUUUUUUGCAAGUCUCGGGUUCUUGCAGCAUUUUUUAAAAUAUUGUAGUUUGAAGAUUCCUUUGUUCAAGUAGCCGCAGCACUUGUGAAAAGGAAAAAACUGCAUACAUUUUGUAACAGGUUGCUAAAUUUGUACAAGCUGAAAUAAUUUAAAUAUGGUAAUCAGAUAAUUUGAAAGAGAGUAUCUUGAAUUUGUGUCCAGCAUUAAAAAUGCUUCCAACUGAUCAGUUAUAAAAAAGAAAAAAAAUGUUACAAUCUCUAGUAGUUUUUGAAUGUUGAUAAAGUGAGGAACAGCCUCUAAAUGUUUUAGAUCUUUUGGAAGAAUUAGCUUAUAUAAAUGUAUUAGUGGGCAACAUGAUUAAAAUUAUAUAUUCACCCCUUUGGCUCCAAAACCACACUAAUACAUGUAUUGCUUUGCUUUGCUUUACUAAUAGCUUCGUGGUUGUAGGGUUAAACCUGUUAAUCUCUCCAUGUUGUCAAGCUGUUUACUAUUUGUAAUUUUUGUUUUAUUAUUAUUAUUGUUUUGCCACAUAAAAUUGGCAAUAAUUUGUACAAAUCAAUUCCUGUUUCUUGUUAUGACUAUUACCAAUGAACUCCUGGACAAGGCCUUCUCCUAGGGCCAGACGGAGGUUAAAUUUCUGUGGGGCUAAUGAUGGAACUGCUCUAAGAUGAACUUGGCUGUGGAGUUAAUUGUGUUUGCAAGCUUGAAUUUCAUCUGUGAUUAAUUUAUGUUUUGUGUCCUCUGUAUUGUUACUUGAGUUUUCUCAUAUGCCAAUGUAUUUAUUAUAGGAUUAUAGAUUAUUAUUAUUUUUUGCUAAUAUCUCGUCUUCCCAUUCUUUUAAGUUGAAGGGUCAGUUCUGGCUUUGUUUGGUAUUUUGAAUGGCUGGUCCUGUGGCUGGUAGUCUUUCUCUCCCUCCUUCCCUUGCCCCCUCCUCCUUUUUUGUAAAUUCAACAUGAGCUUGAAUUUGAGCUUGUACCUGCUUCUCUUCUAUAUUGUACAUUGGUUUACUUAGGCAAUGGGGAUGUCUUGUUUUUGAUUUCAUUCUUGUGUGUCUACUUUUGGAUUAAGUAAACUUAUGUCUUCAGCUAUGAUAAAUUUUGGAUUCUAUAAGUUGUAUCCAGAAUUGUGUUUCACUUGACUUCUUUUUCUUUCUUUCUUUCUUUCUUUGCUUCUUGACUUCCUUUUGCAUUAGUUAAGUAAAUUAUUUAAUUUUUUGAAUUUCUGGAUAUUUUGAACAUUUUACUGUAAUUUGUAAUAUAACUGCUGUGAAAUACUUGAAUAAAGAUGACAAGUAAGA